AUGGUGUGGGAGAAGACCAAGGACGUAAUGGAGGAAUUUGUGGAAUACAUGCAGAAUGAGCACAUACUAUUGUAUGCAUCGAAUUGUGGUCACGCAGGAUGGGAGCACCCCGACUACCAAGACGGUCUGCAGAGAGUAGGACACAAGGUCGGCGAUAAAAUUAUAUGCGUUCUUAUGGUAGGGGCACUAUAUUACAUGAAUGGGUGGCAUACUGCACAACACAUUAGACAACAGGAGGAUGCAACCAACGCAAGCAUACGAGAGCACUUACGAUGUAUAAUAGUACAUAUGUUCAGUCAAGUAUUAAACGAAUCCGUGUGUAGAAGUAAAUGGGCCACAUUUUAUGCAUGGCACAUAAUGGAACAAUUAGGGAAGGUUGGAGGUUUUUCGCAAGGUUUAAUACAGAGGGGGAAAUGUGGUAGAAACAUAUCUGCACAUUUGAAAAUAAGAGAACUUGAGCUAAAUGCACAAGUCAAACAAUGGUUAGGGCAAAAUAGCAAACUAAAAGAGGCAAUACAGAAAAUACAAGGAAAGGCAUUGUGCACGACACCGUGGCAGGAAGAAUGGAGCAUAGACGAAAUCCUGGGGCAUGGGAAUAUAGAUGAUUCGCCACGACCGGAGAUUGCUCAGAUAAUGCACGGACUGAAAGCAGGAAUGGCGGAAGUAUUUAAAGGAAUUAAGCAAGAUGUAGAGCAUGGCAUAGAAAAAAGGGCACAGGCGAAGAAGGACAACUUAGCGAAGGAUGACAAAAGAGGUCAGGCCGCGACCAAACCGGCAACACCAUCACCACAUGGACCGUCAGAAGGGGUGGAUAUUAAUGCAGGGCCAGAAUUGUGGGAGUGUUAG